AUGGAUUCUGGUAGAAUCCCAGAUGAAGCCAAAGCCCUUUCUCUAUUGGCACCUGCUCCUACUAUGACAAGCCUGAUGCCUGGUGCAGGGUUGCUUCCUAUACCUGCCCCAACCUCUUUGACUACACUCAGUGUUUCACUUGGCACUUUGGGGGCUAUACCAGCAGCAUUGGACCCUAACAUUACAGCCCUGGGAGAAAUACCACAGCCACCAAUUAUGGGGAAUGUGGACCCAUCUAAAAUUGAUGAAAUCAGAAGAACUGUCUAUGUUGGAAAUCUGAAUUCACAGACUACAACAGCAGAUCAGCUGCUUGAAUUCUUUAAGCAAGUUGGAGAAGUCAAAUUUGUGCGAAUGGCAGGUGAUGAGACGCAACCAACACGAUUUGCUUUUGUGGAAUUUGCAGACCAAAAUUCUGUACCUCGAGCUCUUGCCUUUAAUGGAGUCAUGUUUGGAGACAGGCCACUGAAAAUAAAUCACUCCAAUAAUGCAAUAGUGAAGCCCCCUGAAAUGACACCACAAGCUGCUGCCAAGGAACUAGAAGAAGUGAUGAAGAGAGUAAGGGAAGCCCAGUCUUUCAUAUCUGCUGCUAUUGAGCCAGAGUCUGGAAAGAGCAGUGAAAGAAAAGGCGGUCGAUCUCAUUCCCGUUCUCGUUCAGAAUCCAGGUCUAGCUCAAAAUCCCGAUCUAGAAGGAAAAGAUCGCAUUCGAAACACAGAAGUAGAUCUGGCAACAGGUCGCUCUCAAGACACAAGGACAGAUGCAGAUCCAGAAGUCCCCUGAAAAAACGGUCUAGAUCUAGGGAAAAGCGGAAAUCAAGAAGUCGCUCUCACUCUCGGGACAAGAAAAGAGACAAAGAAAAGGUCAAGGAAAAAGAAAAGGCCAAAGAAAACGAGAAAGAGAAAGACCAGGACAAAGACAAAGAAAGAGAAAGAAAGCAAGAUAAAGAGAGAAACAGGGAUAAGGACAAGGAGAAGGACCAGGAGAGAGAGAGAGGGCAAAACAAAGAUCAAGAGAGAGUCAGAGACAAGAACAGAAACAGGGGCAAGGACAGGGAAAAGGACAAAGAUAAGGAGAAGGAAAAAGACAGGGAAGAGAGAGACCAGAACAAGGAAAAAGAUGAUGACAGAGACAAAGAAAAGGAAAAAGAUGAGGAUAAGGAGAAGAAGGAGCGAGACAGAGAAAAAGAGAGAGAUGAGAAAAAGAAGAAAGAGAAGAGAUCCAGAACACCCCCAAGAAGCUAUAACUCUUCAAGAAGAUCUCGUAGCUGCAGCAGGUUUGUUUAG